UUCUAACCCAAAUCGUCAAUUGCUUGGGUUGUAAUUCUAACUUAAGAAAAAGAAACUAAGAAGCCUCUGUAGACCCUUCGCCGCCUCUUCUCUGACGCUCCUUCGGCACCUAGCCAGUACAUGAAGCAGCAUCCAACCAUUGUUAGCUGAACACUGAGAUUUGAGCUAUGAAGGAAGAAGAUGUAAACAGAUGCCAGAUUCAAGAAUGGUACCCAAGAUUUAAAUUAGUGUCAACUAGGACUUUCAUUCAUGAGCUUCCUGAAUCUUUUGUCCAGUAUCUACUUGAUGAUUCAGGACCUUUCCUCCUUCCUGUUUCAAUCUCAAAUGAGGAUGCCUUUCCGAAUAGAAUUCAUAAUCCAGAAGAGGAGGAAGAUUAUCAGGUAUCAGAAGGAUCUGGAGAUGAAGCAGAACCUUUAUCGCCCCCUUCUUUCCCAGAACUUGAGUUGAAGAUUAAGGAGUCAAUUGAAACCCUUGGGGGUGCAAUCUUUCCUAAGUUAAAUUGGAGUGCGCCAAAGGACUCUGCAUGGAUAAGCACCUCCGGGACUCUUCGAUGCACUACAUUCAGCGAGAUUGCUCUCUUGCUUCGGUCAUCUGAUUCCUUGAUUCAUGAUCUAUGUCAUGCAUAUGAUUCAUGCAGUGACAAAACCAUGUCAAUGCCCCCAAAUUUCUUCCUUGCCCUUCGGAAAUGGUACCCAAGUUUCCAACCUGAAAUGGAAUUCCGUUGCUUUGUAAGGGGCCAGAAGCUUGUUGGAAUUUCACAGCGGGAGGUCACUACAUUUUAUCCAGUUCUUUGUGAGAAGAAAAAUGAUCUUGAAGUGUUGAUUGAAGAAUUCUUUAAUGGCAUUGUGAGGCUGAAAUUUGAAUCCAAUGAUUACACAUUUGAUGUUUAUGUUACACAGGAUGAACGUGUAAAGGUGUUGGAUUUCAAUCCUUGGGGUGCUUUUACAUUGCCUUUGCUGUUCACCUGGGAGGAAUUGGAGCAGAAACCCAGGGAAGGAGAUGAUUUGGACUUCAGAAUUGUAGAGAGCCGAUGCGCUGUUCAGCCAGGUUUGAAGACAGCAGUUCCAUAUGAUUACUUGGAUGUUAGUGCAGGGAGUGGUUGGGACCAAUUCCUGAGAAAUGCUGGUGAAGAGUUGCAGCGGCAGACCAAGUCUCCUGAAGCAGGAGCCUAACAACUUCAGAUCUUUUAGUACAAGAGUCUGCAAGAUCAUCUCCGAAUUAAUCUUAUUGCCACUCUGGAGUAGUUGGAUAUACAGGAACAAGGUCUUUGAAUGUGCAGAUGUCUCACCAUUGCGAGCAUUACAUUUAUCAAAUGGUCUAACACAACAAUGGCUAGAGGCCUUCUCAAAGCAUGCUGUCACACGACCCCAGAAGACUCAAAACACCUGUGCAAUCUUCUCUAGUGCAUUUGCAGCAAGCUAUUCCAACUGCUUACAUUGCCUGGAUAAAAGGGAAGGGCAUGGUAUCGUAUGCUCUCCUCAGCUCUAAUGUAGUUUUGAAGCAAAAAAGUGACUGCCUUCCUGCAAACUUCAUGUUAUCAGAGAGGUUUUAACAAUUUUCAAACUUGGGAUGCAAGUCAGGUUGAUAAUACUUAGAGAGAGAGAAAAAAAAAAACAAGCUUCUGAAACUAUUGCAAAAAGGCAUUGGAAGUAUCGGCCUUGGGUUGAGGCUAUUGGAAAACUGAAAGUUUUGAGCCUUUAGGAGCUCUGGGAUAAUGACAGGUAGAGACUUGCAAGUGGGCAGCUGCUGCAGCAAGACGGGAAAUUUCUUUUCUGUUUAAUGGAUGUUCUCUCUAGACAUGAUUGGUUUUUGUACCAAAAAGAAAAAGCAAUGCUAUUUUAGUCAUACCCAACUAAUUUGAUGUCCAGUUAAAAAAAUAAAAUAUUUGAAUAAUGUAAUAUACAUAUACAUAAAUAUAUUCAUGUAUGGGAUGAUAAGUUAAAAA